GUGGUCCUGGAAGGGCUGCCAAGGACGGACGAGCGCCGCUUCUACCGCGGGUAUUUCGCCGUCGACGACAUUUACUUCCGUCCCGCCCGAGACUGCAACGGCCACUGCACCUUCGACGGCGGCUUCUGCUCCUGGACCAACGAGGGACGCGACGACGAAUUCGAAUGGUCCCUCGGGCGCGGGAGCGAGAACGAGCAGACGGGCCCGCGGCGGGACAGGACGAGCGCCGCUUUCGGCGGGAAGAGCGGCGGGUAUGCUUACAUCCAUUCCGCUUACCCGAGGAAGCCGGGCGACAGGGCCAGGCUGGCCAGCGGGAAUUGGAGGGCCACAGACAUCGACCAACCGCUGUGCAUGCGAUUCUGGACCCACAUGUUCGGGAACGGCAUCGGCACCCUCUCCGUCUACAUCCAGCCCGCCAACCAGGACCUGCGUCGGCUGUGGACCAUGAGCGGGCCGCAGGGGAACACGUGGUACCAGUCUCAGGUCCCCAUCGCUUCCACGUCCGACUUCAGGAUCCUGUUCGAGGCGACGGUGGGAAGAAACGGACUCGGCGACAUCGCCAUCGACGACAUCUCCUUCUCCAAAGACGUCUGCCCAACCAGCCCCCAAGAAGCCUCCCUCGCCAAGGGCGACUGCGACUUCGAAACCGACAUGGGCGGCUGGCGAAACGAAGAAGCCCGGUCCCGCCUCGACGACUUCGACUGGCUCCGAGUCCGCGCCCUCGACGUUCCCGCCCCGACCGAAGAUCACACCAGAGGAACUCGAGAU